UUUGGUAGGUGAGAUCGGCCGCCCGCGCUCUCGCCGGCCUCCUGACCCCUCCUGAGGGCCGGAGGGGCGUGCCUUCGUGGCCACUGGGCGGAGAUCAUGGAGAGCACCCAGGUGAUUGACUGGGAUGCUGAAGAGGAGGAGGAGACAGAAAUAGCCAGUGGAUCCUUGGGGUAUAGCGUGGAGCCUGUAGGGCGGCUACGUCUCUUCAGUGGUACUCACGGACCAGAAAGAGAUUUCCCACUCUACAUUGGCAAGAAUGUAGUUGGCCGAAGCCCUGACUGCUCUGUGACCCUGCCUUUUCCAUCCAUCUCCAAACAGCAUGCAGUGAUUGAAAUCUCAGCUUUGAACAAAGCCCCCAUACUCCAGGAUUGUGGGAGCCUCAAUGGCACUCAAAUCGUAAAGCCUCCUAGGGUCCUGAGCCCUGGGGUGAGCCAUCGUCUGAGGCACCAGGAAUUAAUUCUGUUUGCAGACUUCCCCUGCCAAUACCUUCACCUGGAUGUCCCACCCCCCUUGGUGCCUCAGAGACUGCUAACUGUAGAGAAGACCCCUGGAAUACAGGGAGGGUCCCAAACAUCCAGAGCUUUGUUGGCUGAGGAUUCAGAGGAGGAAGCGGAUUUUCCCUCUAGAAGGUGUGUGGCGAAUGGAUUUAGGAAUACAACAUCCCCUUCGGCAACAGUAGUUCCAGAAAGUGAUGACGAGGACUCUUUUCCAGCCCCAAGUGUCCCUGAGCACUCUUUGCCCUUUGAAUUGGGCAGUGAUACGGAUGAAGAGCAGCAGCCAGCGGUGGGGGAGUCCUCUUUAGCUCCCAGGGAUGGUGCCGCUGGGGAGGCUGAGCAGCCUGACGCUAAUGGAGCGCCAGCUGGCAUCCAGCUGGUGCAGGCUCAGCCUCCUGAGCAACAGUUCAAGGACACCAAAGUCAAGAGGAAGGCAGACAGUGGCGUGGUUCUGGCUGGGUCGAUUUUAGAGAGGAGCCCCACUCUUGGGGAGGACAGUGACACAGAAGUGGAUGAAGAACAUCAGCCAUCUGGCUCUGUGGACAAUGAUGCAGGUGUGGAAGAAGAUACCCCACCUGUACUUCCUUGGAAGCAGCAGCAAGUCCUUGGAGUUGUGACAAGGGACCCUGGAGCACCUGGUGUGGCACAUCUGCAGGACACACCAGCUGGUGGUGACACAGGUGUGGAGCAGGGCAAGACUGCACUGGCUCCCUCUUCAGAGGGAGGCCACACCUCCAUGGUGAUCAACAGUGACACAGAUGAGGAGGGGGAUGUUGCAGCAUCACUCGCCUUGGCCCAUCUGAAAGAAAGAGGGGUGGAUUUGUGGAGCAGAAACCCAGGUGUGGAAGAGGUCAAGUCCCAACCACAGGUCCUUGUAGAACGAAGCCAGAGUGCCUCUGGGAGAGAUAGCGACACAGACAUGGAGGAGGGGCUCUCCGGGGAAAACAGAGGGUUUGUACCUGACAGCCCCAUGGACAUAGAUGAGGCUCUUGUUGUCACACAUCCAGAGAGCCAGCCCUCCCAGAGGCCCAGUGGUGUCAGUGAGGCUGUGAGUAUGAGCUCCCCUGGCAGCCAUCUAGAGGGAAAUCAGGCAUCAUCAGCCACUGUGGACAAGAAAGGAGCAAAAGUGGAAGAGGAAGUCCCCCCGGGGCCUUCUUUUACCCUGGAGGAGAAGCGUCAGGUGCCUGUAGAGGAAGCCCAGGCUCCUGAUGAGGCCUGGGAAACAGCUGUGGAGGAAGGCUCAUCUUCGGCAGUGGCAGAUGUAAGAAAGAUCCCAGGUGCUGGGACAGAGCAGGCUGCAGCUUUGUCUGAGCAGGAAAGCUCUCGUGAGGUGGGGGCCCCCAGCAGGUCAGCUGCCACACCCGUGGAGCAGGCAGUAGUGUGCACAGAUACUUCAGGGGACCCUGCCCUGCCACAGAGGGAAGGAGCCCUCACUGCCACAGGAAGCGGGAGAGAAGCACGUGUUGGCGGGACCCAGAAUGCUAAAGACUGCUGUGAUGAGCCUGAAGAUCUAUGCCUUCCAGCUACCCAGUGCUUUGUGGAGAGUGAGAGCCAGAAUCCAGAAGCUGUCCAGAGUUUGGAAGAUGAGCCUACCCAAGUCUUCCCAUGUACUCUUCCCCAAGAGCCUGGGCCUUCCCAUCUCAGCCUUCAGACUCCAGGUCCAGGCACCUUGGACGCGCCUUGGGAAGUCUUGGCUACACAACCGUUUUGUCUGAGAGAGCAGACAGAGGCCUCUGAGCCCCAGCUCGCUGCCACCCACCUGGAAGCUGGGGAAUCUCAUCCAUCUCUACCUAGGGCCCCACCAGGACACCAGCAUGUUGAAGGCAGAGAAAUACAGACUGUGGAGAAAGCCAUGGGCCUCUUGAGUUGCCAGGUGACACCCGCUGGGAAGGCUUCCGGGGGUGAUCCAGAGCCUCCGUCCCAUCGCCUAUCCUCUCCAGUGCCCGGAUCUUCAGCUCCACCUCAGAGUCUUCUCACCUCGAAGAGACAAAAGCAGUCUACACCUCAGCCUCCAUUUUCAACUUCUUCCCCUUCUGUCGGGCCACGGAGGUCCUCCAGGAUGACCCCUUCCUCACAUUCCUCUGCUGCCUCAGGACCAACAUCUCAGGCCGUUCGGGGCAGGGCAAAUAAGUCCUCCACCAUGACCCCAGAACUGAUUGUUCCUACAGACCCUGAACUCCACCCUCCCACCUCCACAGAACAACCUGUCACCCCAAGCCCCACACCUCGGGCCACGCGGGGCAGGCUAAAUAGGUCUUCCAUCAAGACCCCAGAACCAUUUAUCCCUACUGUCCCUGACCUUCAACCUCCCACCUCCACAGAACAACCUGUCAUACCUAAACCCACGUCUCGGGGCAGGUCACGUAAGUCUUCUCUCAGGACCCCUGAAGCAGUUGUCCCUGCCUGUCCUGAACUCCAACCUCUCACCUCCGUAGAACAGCCUGUUAUCCCUAAACCCAGAGCCACUCGGGGCAGGCCGAGUAAGUCUUCUCUCAGGACCCCAGAACCAGGUGUCCCUACUGGCCCUGAACUCCAGCCACCCACCUCCACAGAACAGCCUGCUGCCCUUAAUCUCACAUCUCGGACCUCUAGGGGCAGGUCCAGUAAGUCUGUCAGGACCCCAGAACCAAGUGUCCCCACUGGCCCUGAAUUCCAGCCACCCACCUCUACAGAACAGCCUGCUGCCCUUAAUCUCACAUCUCGGACCUCUAGGGGCAGGUCUAGUAAGUCUGUCAGGACCCCAGAACCAGGUGUCCCCACUGGCCCUGAACUCCAGCCACCCACCUCCACAGAACCGCCUGAUACUCCUGAGCCCUCUUCUCAGGGCAGGACACUUAGGUCUUCUGUCAGGACUCCCGAAGCCAGUGUCCCCAUAACCCCUAAGAGCCAGCCUUCUGCUGAUCCAGACCAGCCUGUCCCUAAGCCCCCAGCUCUGGGCACUCGGCAAAGGGCAUGUAAGUCCUCCACUGAUGGUCCUGAAUCAGCUGGACUAGCAGCCCCUGAUUCUGAGCCUCUCGCCUCUACAGAUCGUCUUGUCAUCCCUGAGGUAACAGGUGAGAGGGUGAUACUACAGUCUUCACCCGUAAGUGCGUCCUCAAUUCCCAGUGCCCCUGAACUCCAGCCACCUGUCCCCACAGCCCAACCUGUUCUGCUGGAGCCCAUUCCUCAAGCCAGUCAGCAAAGGAGGCGGAGGGCUGUGAGGAAGCAGGCCUCCCACACGGUUGCCGUGGGCCACAAACCUAACUCUGCAUCUGAACCUGAGCCUCAGUCUUCAGUCAGCCAAAGCUCAGGGCCGUCAGAAGCCUCUGAGUCGGAUACAGCCACUCCAGAGCCUGCUAUGGCCCUCAUCCAGAGUGAAGCAGCUAGGGGAUCAGGUAUCAUUCCCAAGCCUGAGCCUGGAGUUCCUCAAGUCUGCAGGAAGCCUUCCACUACCUCAGGCUCACCCCUUGAGAAACGUCCCCGAAGGCAGGUACCGCAGAAAACUGUAGUCAUCAAGGAAGAGGAUCCUGCAGAAGCAGCAGUGAGGGAAGAGCCUCAGGAGAGGGCAGUUCCCACACCAGGUAAGAGAAAGAGGAACCGUGCAGAGAAUGAGACCCAGGGAAACCCAAACCGAAGCCAGCGAACUAAACCUAACCAAGAAGCAACAGCCCCCAAGGUGCUGUUCACGGGAGUCGUGGAUUCUCGUGGAGAGCGCGCAGUGCUGGCUCUGGGAGGCAGUCUGGCCAGCUCAGUGAAUGAGGCCUCCCACUUGGUCACUGAUCGUAUCCGCAGGACAGUCAAGUUCUUGUGUGCCCUGGGGAAGGGGAUUCCCAUCCUCUCCCUGAACUGGCUGUAUCAGUCCCGAAAGGCUGGCUGCUUCUUGCCUCCUGAUGACUACUUGGUGACUGACCCUGAGCAAGAGAAGAAUUUUAGCUUCAGUCUUCGGGAUUCACUGAGGCGGGCUCAGGGACGAAGACUACUGGAGGGCUAUGAGAUUCAUGUGACCCCUGCAGUGCAGCCGCCCCCAUCUCAGAUGGGCGAGAUCAUCAUCUGCUGCGGAGGUGCCGUCCUGCCUCGCAUGCCCCAUUCCUAUAAGGAUUUCUCUGAGCAGCUCUGGCUGUCCUGGAACUCCCUUUUAAACCAAACUGACCUGGAACUCUGAGAUCCACCUGCCUGUGCCUCCUACAGUCGUGUGCCUCCGCUGCACAGCAAGAAACUCCACUUCCUAACAACAAAAAGCUA